UGCAGCAUGGCGGAUCUCGUCACGCUGAGCAGCGUUCUGGAAGCCGACGAAAUUCAAAAGUUGGACGCCGACUGCAGGACGAAACUCGAGGACUUCGUGACUGGGAGCUUAAGGAACGUCGAGGCGCUUCGGGAAGAAAAUGCCCAGCUCAAGGCGCGUUGCGAGCACAGUGCGUUCCAGCUGGAGUCUGCACUUGCGGAUCACAGCCAACAGCUCGUGGCAUCCAGCGAAGCCCAGGACCAGCUCAAGAAGGAAGUGGCCGACCUAAAUGCCAAGCUAGGAAGAUGCCAGGUCGAGCUCCAGGAGUCCAAGACGAGCCUGGCAGCCACCAAGGCAGACCUGGAGCUUACCGUGAAGAAACUGGACCAGGUUUCCCGGGAGAAACAGGAGCUGGUCGGGAAGCUGGAGAAGAGCGCGGAGGAAGCGGCGAGCCUGAACGAGACGGUCAAGAAGCUCACAGAGGAGCUGGCUGCGAGCAACCGGCAGCACCGUGACCAGAUGGUCCGCUUGGAAGAACUUCAACUGAAGGAGACCACUUCCCAGCACACGGAGCGCCACCUGAGACAGGAGCGCGACCUUCUGGAGAAGCGUGCCGCAGAGCUCUCCGAGGAGUUGCACCAGUCCAAGCAGGAGGUGGUCCAACUGCGCAGGGACAAGACCGGGGUGGCCAUGGAGCUACAGGCUCAGCUGGACGAGCAGAAGGAGGCGGUGCGGGUGUUGCAGACGCAGCUGGAGUCUUGGAAGAGCUCAUCUCUGGAGAAAGACGCCAGGGCGGAGGCCCAGGCUGCCCGUGUGCGGGAGCUCCAGGAGGCCUACGCCAACCUCGAGGAGCGCUUUGGCCAGGAGCUCAAGGCGCAGGCCAAGCUGACGGACCUCUACAAGGAAGCGGAUGCGGCGGGCAAGGCGCGCGUGCAAGAGCUAGUGUCGACCCUGGGCGAGAUGCAGCAGCUGCUGGUGCAGACCCAGGAGCGGGUCAAGGAGAGGGAGGCCGCCCUAGAGCAGAACCACGCCCGCGCCCAGGAGCUGCUCGAGCAGAGGGACCGGGCCUGCGAGCAGCUCACCAAGGAGCUGGAGCUGGCCAACAGCCUCCUGCAGGACAAGGUAGGAGCAAACGGCCGGGACCUGGAGACGCUGUUCCCCGCAGCUUCUGCCACGAGCCGCGCCUUGGGCUCCGGGCUGAGCCUGACGGAGCUGGUUGGCGAGCACUUCCAGCAGCAGCAGCAGCUGCGCCUAGCGUUCAGGGAGCGGGACGCUUUGAGACAGCAGUUGGACGAGCUCUCCCGGGAGGUUGCCGACAGGGUGCCCUUGGUCUCGCGCCACAUGGAGGAGUACGAUAAGGCCCUCCAGAGUGUGGGCAGCCUGCGAGAGCAGCUGACGACGGCGCUGGUGGAGCAGGAGCGGCUGAUCCAGGAGCGUGACGAAGCGCGUCGCGUCCUGGCACACGCGGAGCGCCAGUCGCAGCGGUGGCAGAUGCAGUGCCAGGACCUCUCGAAGCAGGUGUGCCAGCUGCUGAAGGAAGUUGAAGACGCGAGGAGCGGCUACGCCGUGCGCGCCCAGGAGCAGGAGAUCUCAUCGUCGGAAGAGGGAACGCCCCUCUCGGCGGAGGAGGUCAUCUCCAAGCACCUCGUCUCCUUUAGGGACAUUGAGGAGCUCCAGCACAAAAACGUGGAGCUGCUGGCCGUGGUUCGGGAGCUGAGCAAGAAGCAGGAGGACGAGGAGAAGCGGGCAGCCGAAGACAGGGCCGGUGAGCUGCGCGCCAAGUAUGACAGCGUGAUGGCACAGCUUCAGGAGCUAGAGCAGGAGCAGUCUCGCCAGGUGGCGCUGGUGGCGUCGCUGGCGCAGCAGCGGGACAUGUACCGCGCCUUGGUGGUCCAGAAGAACAUCAAGCUGCCUCCUGAACUGUCCAGCUUCGAGCCUCUGAUGAUGUCCACGCCGAGCGGCGCCCGCCCUCCUCCGCGCACCUCCCCCGAACGAGCGGAGGCCCAGCCCGGGAAUGGCGCAGUUGACGACAAGGCUGCCUUGGCUGAACUGCAGCAGGAAUUCGACACCUUCAAGAAGGAGAUGGGGGAGAACCACAGGAUGGUGACGGAGCAGCUGGAGCGUUCCCGGGAAGACUGCCUGCAGCAGAAGGUGGAGCGCUCCAAGAAGGAGGCGGAGCUGGAGUUCACCCGGGAGCGGCUGUCCCUGGUCCAGUCCAACUUGGACAACUUCAUGAAGGAGUCCGCGGCCCUGCGGGAACGGGGGCUGCAAAUGGCCAACACUCUGGUCCAGCACCAGCAGACCAUCGCCACCCUCAGACAGGAGCUGAUGGUCUCCCAGGAGAAAGCCGCCCGCGCCGAGGUCUCCCUGGAGAGCAUGCGCGCCGAGCGGGACCAGCUGCGCUCGACGGAGGCGCGCCUGCUGCGCGAGCAGGAGUCCCUGCGGCAGGAACAGGGCUCCCAGGCGCGCAUCCUGGCCAACCUGCAGAUGAUGCAACUCAACCUGGACCGCAUGGACGCCGAGCGCAAGGAGGCUGCCAGCAGCAAGGUGCGCAAGCUGGAGCUCGAGAUUGAGUCCCUGGGGCGCCAGCUGGAGAGCCAGCGGGAGCAGCAGGCGUCCCUGGCAGCGGUCUGGGAGCGGCAGGUGGCGGAGGCUGGCCAGCGGGCGGACCGAGAGGCCGCCAAGGCCACUAAGAGCCAGGACGAACUCGUGGAGGCCUACGCGCAGCUGCACCAGGCCAGGCAGCAGCUGUCUCAAGCCCAGUCGCAGACCCAUCGUUCGGAAGGAUCACCGGCCGAUGCUUCCCAGGUUGCCACCUUGAAGGGCCUGCUCGCAAAGUCACAAGACCAGGUCAAAGAACUUCAGGGCGAACUGGAGGUAGCGCGGAAGUACGCCGAGUCGCUGAAGAAGCUGGCGAGCGAUGCAGAGUCCCGCCUCGCUGAGCAGGACGCAGCAAGUGCUCAGUUGAAGCAGCUGAUGCAGGAGUCACUUCAGGAGGCCUCUGAAGUCCGGCAGAAUUUGGAAGAGCGGGUUGCCAACUUAGAGUCCUUGAACCACGAACUGGGCAACGAAAAGCUCCGGAUUCUCGAAGAAAAGAGACAGCAGGUGGAGGCUUUGCAGGGAAGCCUCUCUGCUGCGGGCAAGGAGCUUGAGCAGGUGCAGAAGCAGGUCGAAGACAAGGCACGCCGGGAUGCGGAGCAGCUCCUGGAUCAGGACGUGCAGUCUGCCCUGGUCAAGCAGGCACAAGAAAAGUAUGAACGAGAGCUCCUCCUGCACGCCGCCGACAUUGAAGCGCUUUCUACCGCACGUUCGGAGCUGUCCAGCCUGCAGCUCUUGGUGUCUGGUCUGAAGGAGCGGGCGGCGGGCCAUGAGCUUGCCCUGGAAGAAGGACAGCGGUCGUGGGCUGAGAGGGAGGAGCGUCUCCGAAAGGAGAACGAGGGUCUCUCCCAGCGGUCAGAGGAACUGGAGAAGCAGAAUGCACUGGUGCAUCAGCAGCUCGAGAUGCUUAGCUCACAGGUGUGUGCCCUGCAGCAGAAGAAGUGGGAGGAGGUGAGCCCCGAGGAAGGGGACCGCUCGUCGGAGCAGCUCAUGGAGGUGAUGGGCUUCCUGCGCAAGGAGAAGGAGCUGUUUGCCAACCGGGCGGAGGUGGCGCAGGCGGAAACGGUGCGUCUCAAGGUGCAGCUGGAGCACAGCACGGCGCAGCUGCGGCAACUCGAGAAAGACCUCAAGGAGGAGCAUGACAGGGCGCUCGCCAGGGCCUCGAGCGACACCCAGCACUCUGAGCUUCUGAAGAAAGUGGAGAUGGUGAACAUCCUGUCGGAGAGCAACCGCAUGCUGCGGGACGAGAAGGAACAGAUGAGCGACUCCCAGAAGCAGCUGCAGGCCAAGGUGCGCGACCUGGAGUCCCGGCUGGAGCCGCUGCAGACGGAGCUGCGUGCCAAGGUGGCCCAGGCGGAGGUGCUCCAGGGGGACGUGGGCUUCCUGAGGGGCGAGGUGCAGCGCUGGCAGCAGCGCACCAACCAGCUCCUGGAGCAGUCGAGCCGCACCGACCCCGAGGCCUUCCGGCGCCUAGCCGAGGAAAACACGAAAGUGAAGCAAGAGGCCCACACGCUGACCGAGGAGCUUCAGUCGGCGAAGGCCCAGCUGGCGAGGGCGGGAGAGGAGGCCGCGGAGCUGAGGCUGCGCCUCAACGCCUCCCAGGAGGAGCUGGCGUCGCGCCUCAACAGCUUCAACGCCCUCCUGGAAGAGGCGAAAAAGAUGCGGGUGGACCUGCCGCAGCUGCGCAAGGAGCUGCUCUCGGCGCGCGCCGAGGGGGAGCGGCAGAAGGGCGAGGCGAUCAAGAUGGCCGCUGAGCUCGAGGCGCUCAAGGCAGACAAAGAGGAGAAGCUCAAGACCAUCGUCCAGGUGAAGAAAAUAGCCCGACGCUAUCGCAGUCAACACGAGGAGUUGAUGGCUGAAAAACAGGCCUUAACGGCCCGUAGCAAGGAGCUGGAAGCAAAGGUGGCCGAACUGGAGCAGUCGCGGGCGCAGGCUCGCCCAGACACGGACUUCAAAGAGCUCGAGGAGAAGCUGACGGGGCUCACGGAGGAGCUCGAGAAGACCAAGGCCGAGGUGACCCGCCUGACAGCGGAGCGAGAUCAGGCCAAUGUGGCAGGCGCCAAGGCCAAGGGACUCAUCGUGCAGGCUCGCAAGCGGAUUGCGGAGCUCAACACCAAAAUCGAAGAAUUGACCAGGGAGAACCAAAGUCUCAAGGAAAACUUGGAGACGUCCAACAGGAGAGUGUCCACCAUGGAGCAAUCGAGGCAGGAGAGUGGCCUGCGAGAGAGCACGAUCCGGUCGCAGUUUGAGGGCCGCCUGGUGCGACAGGACAGGGAACUCCGCGAGGCCAAGGACGCCCUGGACAAGGCGCAUCGGCAAGUGGAGGACCUCAGCCAGAAGCUUGCCCAACAGCAGCAGAAGCAAGCCAAGCCGACCAUGGUGACUGCGCCCGUGGAGCGGACCAGCCACGGUGGGGGUGUGGGGGAGCCCAUGACCGCCAACGUGCGCCCCCUGACCCCCCCGGUCCAGGCGCCUCCCAUGAGGCAGGGCCCCAGCGCCUCCACGGGGACCACCCGGCUGACCCCGACGGCAAGCAUCCGGCCCAUGGCCCAGGCACGCCUCGCAGCAGUGCUUCCCACAAUACCGGCAUCUCAAACUGCCUCCGAAGAGGUCCACCCCGUGGUGGCACCAGUGGUGGCACCGGUGGUGGCAGAUGUCCAGGUCACCCCCACCGUAGUGGUGACUCCGGUCCAGGAGACGGCAACACCUGAGGAAUUGGAAGAGACGGCACCCGAGCCCGCAGCAACUCCCGCAGUGGUGGUUCCGUCCAUCACGGUGACUCCGGUGGUACCGACUUUGUCUCAGGAGGAGGCCAGCGAAGCAGGUGUUGACGAAGCCGAGGAGCCUGCACCUGCGCCACCUGCCAGCCCUCCCCCACCCGUGUUCAAGAGGCAGCGAGAGAGCACACCGGAGCGAGCAAGCGAGUCACCGGUGGCGGCUUCAACUUCCGAGACUGCGCCUUCGUCGAAACGCCCCCGGAUUGUCGUGACUGCCGCCGAGGAGGUUGAAAAGCUGAGCACCUCUGGCGAAGCCGUCGAGCAAGCUGCGACAGAGGCUCAGGUCCGGUCGCCCAUCGACCUGAUUGUCGUGGAGAGUGACGACGAAGCCAUCGAGGAGGAAAAGGAAGACGCCGGACCCCAGAAGCCGGCGGAAACUUCGGAAGGGGAGAAAGAGGAGUCUGGCAUGGAGGAGGAAGAAUGCGAAUACGAGGAGAUGAACGUCAACUACGUGGUAGAGGCAGAGGAGAGUAUGCCGGUAGAGGACCUAGACCAAGACAUAGCGGAGCAGGAAGCCAUCGAGGAAGGCGGCGUGGCCCAGGAAGGGGACAUGGACGAACCGGGUGAACCGAACGAGGUGGAGAUUGUGGAUUUGGGAGAGGAGCCGGUGGAAGACCGUGAGAUGGAGGAAGAGGCUGAGGAGGAGGAGGAGCCGUGCCUGGAGGAGGCUGCGGAGGAAGAGGAGCAGCGGCCUCCUCAACAGCCUCCUUCUCAGCAGCAGCCGCCCCAGCAGCAGCCGCAGCAGCAGCAGGAGCCUUGGCCUGCCCCCGGUUCCCUGGGGGCGGCUUCGAGGGUACCCCUGCUGAGGCCCUCCCUGCUUCCCAGGUCGCGGAGUGAGAGGUUACCUUCGAGUCAAAGCGGGUUUGAAGAAGGCGACGACAGUAUUGUGCCCAGCACCCCGACCCUCUUCGUUCCAAGGAGAGGCGAUGGCUUCGCAGAGGCUGUCAGCUCGCCGCACGUUCCCCACGGCGGUUUCGUGUUUGGCGGGGCCCCCGACGCUCCUCCCACAUCGGAGACUUCCGGCCUGUCGCAGCUUGCGUCGCAGGAAGGUGUUGGCGUGGACGACACCCGGAUGGACUUGUCCCACUUCGAGGAAGGGGGUGGACGAAGCGUGCCUUCGACGCCGCUUCAGAUAUCACCACCAGAGUCCCGCGACGCUUCACUGUUUCAAGCGGACGUGGCUGUGGUGGAAGUGUUGGAGCCGCCGGAGGACGGAGCGGCGGACGACGGAAACCAGGAGCCGCUCGACAUGAGCGCGGGCGAGCGAAGUGUUCCGGCAACGGUUAUCGAAGAAGCACCCGAGGCAGACGACAGGGAGUCCGCCACGGUGGUCCCGGUCAUUGAGGAGCCAGAGUCCGAGGAAUCCGGCCGAGAGGACUCUGCAGCCACCCCAUCGUCGUCCGGAGUCAGCAUCUCCGCCGCUCUUUCUCUCAUCGCCGAGGAGAGCAAUGAGGAGGAGGAACCUGCCCAGCCCCCUGCAGACGUGGUAGAGGUUCCCAGCCAGCCUUCCUCGGAGCCACCACCAACAGGUUCUGCGGCGCAGCAGCAACAGCAGCAGCAGCAGACGCAACCGCAACGCCGUCGCAUCGUCUGGAAGGACCCCGAACCCGCAACACCCGUCAUCCCCGCGGUUCAAGUUGCGAGCCCAGCCGUGCUUGCCGUCGCCCACGCCGCUCCGGCAGCCGUGCCUGCGCUGCUCGCCACCCCUCCGCUGCCCUUGAGCCCCCACUUCUCGCCGCCGCCGCAGAGGGGGGUCGGCGUCACCGGUGUUCCGGGGCAGGUGGCACCGCGGGGGGCGGCCUCUCGGCCCCCCUUGUCGCGGACCCCCAUGUCGCGACCUCCGGGACCGAGGGGCCAGCGGAGUCGCAGGGUCAGACUGAGGGGCAUGGUUCCCCAGGGAAGGGGCUCCCCCAUGUGGGGACCCAACUGGAGGGGAGGCAGGGGGGGACAGGGGGGCCGGGGGGCCAGGGGCGAGCACCACUUUUAGGGGGGGGGGGGGGGGGGGCGAUCGGCGUAGUGCAUCUGCAGCGAGUUGUGGCGUCGAAAGAGACUGUUUCGGAAGGAUGUGCCGUUGGUAUCGUGGCGGUGCCAGGCACCAAAAGGUUGAAUCGUUUUCACGUGCGCAGAAAUGUUUUCGAAGCCGGGGCUCCUGACAUUUUUCUUUUUGUGAUUUCAUUGGAACUGUUUCUUUGCAAUGCGAGUAUUCUCGUCACAUUGAAGAUAUACCUCCUUGAACACCGUAUUGCCUUUUAUUUUUCUGGAAGUCAUAUACUCUGUCAUCAGUCAGUCUUUUUUGCACAUUAUCUUCACUUUACAAUUGUCAAUGGGCAUUUUAUUUUAAAACCAUGCUUCUAACUUCAAAAAAAAAAAAAAAGACAAGCACACAAAUAUGUGUUUUCCAGUCUCAGGUUUCUUUUCUUUUUUUACAUUUUAGUGGGCUUGCUACUUCAUGCUGGUUGGCUGUACCCUUUGUGCACCAUAAAAUUCAACCUUCAUGGCUUCUAGAGGGUUGUAGAAGUCAUGUUUUCUGAGAACUGUUAAUUGACCAAUUGCAUCAUGCAUCUGUGCUUCUCAUGUGCAUGGAGGGGGGGGGGGGGGGGGGGUCAAACAGGCAGAAAGCAUGGAGGGCCUUUUUUUUCACUACCUUGUAUAGUUGAAUUUACAUCCAAGAGUCUGCAUUUUGUACGAACUAGUGACUGUGCUGAAAAUUUAAUGAAAGCUUACUGCCGAGUGAUUGAGUGAGCCCGACUGCGUUCUCACUUGCCAACAUGUAAAAAUGUUUGGCGAUGAUCGGUAUGUGAAAUAAAGUGUUCAUACAUUUCA